CAAGUCGUUACCAUGGCGACCUGUCAGUCAGGCUGGAGUGACUUGUACCCACGGUAGUGUGUAAAUUUAACCAACACUGUUGAAAAAGCUUAUUAGGAGUUGACUGUUCACUUUCUCUGUUCGUGGCUAGGUAUCUCUCUCACACUCUUCUGUGAGACAGGAGAAAAGAAGUAUCUGUCCAUGCCUGUCAUCUCAUACAGAAACCCUUUGAAACUUUCACAGUAAUCUACAGUACAGCAGGUGGGUUACUUAUGGAGAGUGCCGCAAGAGAUGAGCUUGUUUGCAACCACACAGACGCCUGGGAUUGGGUUUACACCAUGCAGCCGGCCUAUAUGUCCAUCAUCUGUCUUCUUGGAGUGAUCGGCAACGCCUUUGUGCUGGUUGUGUUCUGUCUCCAGAAGCGGCGCAGCUCUGUGGCUGACAUCUACCUGAGCAACCUAGCAGCAGCUGAUCUCCUCAUGGUUUCCUGCCUGCCGUUCUGGGUAGCAACCAUUAUCAACAAGUUCCACUGGAGGUUUGGGGAGCCCAUGUGCCAGCUUAUCAACAUUGUCAUUGGGAUGAAUUAUUAUUGCAGUGUGCUGUUCCUUACACUUGUGAGCGUGGAUAGAUAUGUGGCCCUCACUAGACCUCUAACCCAGGAGAGGGAGAGACGGUCCUUUUGGGCACGUGGGAUUUGCUUCAGUAUCUGGAUUGCUGGGGUCUUGCUCAGCUUCCCGGCCAUCCUCUUCCGCUCUGUCCAGUUCUACCCCCCUCUGGGCAUUGAUGCAUGCUACUUAGUGUAUCCCCAUGAAGGCUGGAGACUGCGCUUCAACAUGACUGUCAGCAUAGUAGGCUUCCUUAUCCCUGUUCCUAUUGUAUCCUUCUGUAGUUACCAUAUCACUAAAGUCCUUCGGACCAGCCAGAACAUGAGAAAAGGCAGCAGAGGCAGUGUGGAAAGGAAGGCGGCAUGCCUUGUACUCAUUGUUCUGGCUGUAUUCAUUCUCUGCUGGCUGCCCUACCAGAUCCUGAUCUUGUUGGACACCUUGGAUUAUUAUGAAGUCAUCUCUGGAUGUACAUGGGCAUACGUGUUGGACAUUGGCAACCAGUUAGCUACUUACCUUGGCUAUAGUAACAGCGCAUUGAAUCCUUUCCUGUAUGUGAUUGUGGGGAAGCACUUCAAGCAGAGGGCGAGGGAAGUGUUUAGACAUUUGCUGUGCAGGAGGAAAUGGCAAUGGGGAAAGUCUGGUCAUUCCAAUGUUAAUCUCAACUCAACUAAACAAACAGAGAGUACUCAAAUCUAAAUCUAUCUACACAAAAAAGUUUGACGUAAAAAAGUUGUAAGAUUUGUCAAAUACAUUCAAUUAUUGUCUUUUAUAUAGACAGCCCAUUAUCCAGUCACUUAUUUACUUAUUGCCAUAUAAAGGAAUCAUUUAACAUUUUGGGAAAUAUGCUUAUUCACUUUCUUGCCAAGAGUUAGAUGAGAAGAUUGAUACCACUCUUAUAUCUAUAGAUUAAAAUAUGAAACUAUAGCCAGUAGCCAGUUAGCUUAACUUAGCAUAAAGACCGGAAAGAUGGGGAAACAGAUUAAGGCUAGUUUAAUUUGCCUAACAACACCUCUAAAGCUUGAUACAUUGUAUGGUGUAUGAUGUAUACAAAAUCACCAGAAUACUCUGGCUCAUAAUUCCCAUUGAAAACAUAACAUGUUGAUUUUACACUUUGUUUUUGUACCAAUUAAACAAAUAAGAUAUGAUGUUUGAUUUGUGAGCCACACCAGCUGUCUCCCCGUUUCUAAUCUAAGCUAAGAUAACCAGCUUCAUAUUUACUGUAUAAACUUAAGAGAGGAAUCAAUUUUUUCAUUUAACUCUUGGCAUGAAGGCGAAAAAUAAGUAAGAUACCUUCUUUAUAUGGCUUUAUUUGGAUUUUUGGGCAGAUAUUUAAGAGAAGAAGUCCCUUUUAGUCAGGUGUAAAAUACAUUAUAAAUGCAAGAUUUUGAAAGUUAAAAGUCAACCAUUUUAUGUGAAAUUUUGCAGCUCCAUGGUUUUGUGAACUAACUUUGUCUAAUGUUUACUAUUAUACUGUGUCGUGUUUGUCGAUCUGGAAUGUGAUGCCAUAUUUUACUAUUAUAAACAGUACUUUCCUGUCAGAGCUGUUCAACUUGUGUUUCACGCUAAACGAAGCCGAGGUUGGUUGUCUUAACAAAGCUUAAGAAAUUUGGAACCAUUUCUCAUGGAUGUUCUGAGGCUGUAAUUUCUGUUUUUAUAGCAACCAUCAGGAAACUGAAUUGGUUUUCUAAGAUGUUCUUGAAUGACUUCCCAUGUUGAAACUGGAUCUAACUCGAAUAGAUGUAACACAUGGAAAGAAAACACUUGAGUUGAUGAAUCCAUUGUUUUUGUGUACUAACCUGUCACUUUAUUACUGUAUGUAUAUAUUACAAUAUAACAUUUACUUCUGCACUAUCAAUAUACUGUAACUACAAAUGGAAUAAAACAAAUAUCAAACACAAAGCAUUUGUAUUCCAGAGAAAAGGUGUCUGC